AUGGUGGUCGCUGCCCUUAGCUUGCCCGUGCCGGCAUUGGAGCCUCAGACCAUGGAUCUCGAAGAGGCUGAUCAAGAAGACGAGUUGGACCAGGCAGAGGUGGAGGCUCUGGCGGCGGCUCUGGAAGCUCAGGCCCUCGGAUCUUCCUCGGAGGAGUUGAAGAAACCCUUGUUUCGAGGGCAGACGCUGCCGGUGGACCAGAACACGGUUACCAGAAGGACAUCGAAAUGGGGUGGCAUGGUCGAGGUUGGCUGGACAUUCUUCAAGGAUGCCGCUGUUGCCAAGGAUCGCAUCGUGGACCUUGAAAGGGAGCUGGAGAACAAAAAGGAAGAGCUAGAGAACCUACGUUUGCGGGUGGAGCGCGCCGAGCUGAAGGCAGAGAGUGCCACCGUGAAGGAGAAGCGGAUGGCACAGGAAUUGUCGGAGGCCAGCAAGGACCUGGAGGACUACCGAAAGCACACGGCAGAUUUGAACCAGAAGCUGUCGUUCGCCACUGCAUCCAUGGAAUCGCAGCAUGUGCAGAUAGCCGCACAAGAGAAGGAGUUAAAAGAGACGCGGGAGUCCGAGGCCAAGCUGCAAUUCGAGUUGCGGCGGGCGCUGAAAGAAGAGGAGCACAUGGGAGGUCAUGCGGACUUCAUGGCCACGCAGAUGGAGCUGGGUCAGGCAAAGCAAUCACUCCAUGACCGAAGAGGUGAGCUUGAGGUGGCAUUGAAGCAGCUGCAGUCUCUGCGACAUGAAGUGCACAAGUUACGUGCUGCUGAGGAGCAAAGCGACAGCGAUGCGAAGCAUCUUCAAUGCAAGGACUGUGAUUGGCUGGAGCAGGCCUGCCACGCACAGGUCUGUGCAGCUACUGCCGGGCGCCGUGACGCUGAGGCUGCGCUCCAGAAGUCCUUGGAGCAGCAGCAGGAGUUGAGAUUGCAACUGCUGGAAGAGAGGAACCGGCACGAGGAGCUCAAAGAGCUGCAUAGCACACGAUUGGCGCAGGCUGCUCAAGAGGUGGCCUUGCUGCGGCACAAAGUGGAGCGACAGAAGCAGGAGACUCGGUGGCGACAUCCUGGAAAGCGUGAGGGAUUGAUUGAGACUCCCCAACUCGACACGCCUCGCCGGCACAAAGAGAUGCUUGUCCGCUUGGAGGAGCUACUGCCAGGUAUUCAGCACCCCAAGUCUCGUACGGACCACGUGUACCCAAAGUUGGUGCCGCAACGUUCUCCCAAAGAAGUGGAAGGUCGAUCUUUCGUGCAGGAGUUCGUCGUCGAGUCAGACAGGCACAAGAUGCAGGACAUCGUGGAUGCAGCCCUGCAGGGACAAGAAACGGAGCAUUUCGAGAUCGUCAUCUGCUCCAAGGACGACCAGGAGCAUGUGAUCCUGCUCAAUGCGACACCACGGCGCCAUCGACGGGGUGCCUUCAGGGUUUGCCCGCGGCGCGGAUGGACGCCGCAAAUGCUCGGGCGAAAGCGCGAGGCUGCGAACACCAAGAGCGGCUCUAAGCGCAGGUGGCAGCAAGAGAUCGAUGGGAAAGCCGCUGAGGACGAGGUCGUCACCGCCGAGGUGCUCGUGUGGCCUUUGCUUUGUCGAGCUUCAUCGAGCUUCUCACGGAAGCCAGUGCUAGAACCCUAUACACUGUGGCUUCUGCAACUGCGCUCCGUCACGUCGGUUUCCCGCUUACUCAAGGAGGCCUUGUAG